AUGUCAGGAAAGAAAAGAAGAAAUAUUGAGCCUACCGCUGAGGAUUUGUCCGGGGUGGAGUUUGAAAGCUCCGAGGAAGUGGAAGUGAUUCCGACAUUCGAUGCUAUGGGAUUGAGAGAACCGCUUCUGCGUGGUAUUUACUCUUAUGGUUUUGAAAAACCGUCAGCUAUCCAGCAGCGUGCCAUAAAGCCUAUACUGAAAGGGCGUGAUGUCAUUGCACAAGCACAAUCUGGUACCGGAAAGACGGCCACUUUCUCUAUUUCUGUACUCCAGUCUAUUGACACAGAUCUCAGAGAAUGUCAAGCUCUAAUCUUGUCACCAACUCGUGAAUUGGCCGUACAAAUCCAAAAGGUUGUGCUGGCUUUGGGAGACUACAUGAAUGUGCAAUGUCAUGCUUGCAUUGGCGGCACAAAUAUUGGAGAGGAUAUCAGAAAGUUGGACUAUGGACAGCAUGUUGUAUCUGGAACACCUGGACGUGUCUUCGACAUGAUUCGUCGUCGUAAUCUCCGUACACGUUCGAUAAAGUUACUCGUUCUUGACGAAGCUGAUGAAAUGCUCAACAAAGGUUUUAAAGAGCAACUGUAUGAUAUUUAUAGAUAUCUGCCUCCCGGUGCACAGGUCGUACUGCUUUCUGCUACUCUCCCACACGAGAUCCUUGAAAUGACCAGUAAGUUCAUGACUGAUCCUAUCAGGAUUCUGGUCAAACGUGAUGAGUUGACACUGGAAGGAAUCAAGCAGUUCUUUGUUGCUGUGGACUGCGAAGAGUGGAAAUUCGACACGCUGGUUGAUCUUUACGAUACCCUGACCAUCACACAGGCGGUGUUGUUCUGCAACACUCGCAGAAAGGUGGAUUGGCUGGCCGAGAAAAUGAAGGAGGCGAACUUUACUGUGUCGUCGAUGCAUGGCGAUAUGGAGCAGAAGGAACGUGAACAGAUUAUGAAGGAAUUCCGAGCUGGUAACAGCCGUGUGCUUAUCUCCACUGAUGUAUGGGCUCGCGGUCUGGAUGUUCCACAAGUUUCUUUGGUCAUCAACUAUGAUUUGCCAAACAAUCGUGAGCUGUACAUCCAUCGUAUCGGUCGAUCUGGUCGUUUCGGAAGAAAGGGUGUGGCGAUCAAUUUUGUCAAGCACGAUGAUGUUCGCAUUCUUCGCGAUAUUGAGCAGUAUUACUCGACCCAAAUUGACGAAAUGCCGAUGAAUAUCGCCGACAUGAUUUGAGUUUCGUGCCCAUUCCUUCAUGUUGUUCUCUCUUGCUUCACAUCUGUAAUUGUUGUCUAAUUCAUUGUGUAUUAGUCUGUGACUGUGACCUCAGAAAUGGACAUACAGUUGUACACAUCAAUCUGUUCAUCUCUUCUUUUUUAAUCCUUGUUUUUCAUUGUUAACCACGCGAAUCGGUUUUCACUAUCUUUCGAUUGUUGAGCGUGUGCUUGCGGCUACCACCCGCAUCAAGUUAGUCGUCUGGUCAACUUUUUGGAUUGUAUCCUUCGCUGACUUGCGACCUAUAUCUUUCUGACGUUCUUCUAAGAUUAUAUUCCUGGAAUCCAAGUGUUAUUGGAGGCUUAAGAUAUUUUACAAUUGCUGGACAUAUGUUAGUGUCAAUAAUAAGCUUUGGUACGUGCCCGUUAUCGUGAAGAACUUACAGUGUUGUGGUGGUCGUCC